AUACGCCGGACAACUUGGAUGCAGGUGGAAGACGUCCUGCUCGAGAGGGCUGCGGCGUCGGCGGACAAAGAGGCUUGGGAGCGUGCUGGGCUGUUAGCAGAAGAGGCUGUCCAUCGCAUAUGGGACCGCCUUCAUCAAGGAAAGUGGAACGACGUAGACCCGCAGUGGCGACAGCGCUUUGCCAUCGCAUGCGAACUCUUGGCAACGUCGUAUCUCCACAAACCAGCAGACGCGGGCAAUCUAAACAACCACGAGACAGCGAUUGAAAUCCUUGACACGGGUCUGCUCAUGGCAGGUCCAUACGGCCGACAUCUCCACGACACCAUGGACAAGAUUGUGGCUGACGUGGACUCGUCCUCCACGACGGACUCGACGCACCCUGCAAAAAAGACCAAGACAUCCGUGGGAGUGCUCCCCCCGGCGCUAACCCCCAACUUGACGACAGACAGCCCAUUGUGCACAUCGCUGAAGCGCGUCAAGGCUCCGUCGUUGCUUGAAUUCAAGGCGUCGUACAUGACACAAAACUGCCCCGUCAUCAUCACAGAUGCCAUGGACGAGUGGCCAGCCAUGGGCAAGACGCACGACGGACGACGCCACUGGGCAAACUUGAACUACCUUUGCCGCGUGGCCGGGCGGCGCACGGUGCCGAUUGAAGUCGGGUCGAGUUACCUCGAGGACAACUGGUCGCAAACUCUGAUGACGCUGCACAAAUUUAUCGACGAGCACAUUUUGCACCCCCCUUCACACAAUGCGCCGACAGGGUACUUGGCCCAGCACGCGUUGUUCGAGCAGAUUCCCCAACUUCGAAAGGACAUUGCCGUGCCAGAUUACUGCGCUCUGAGCGUCCGGGGUCGCCAAGAUGUCGACGCAGACGACGACGACGACGACGUGGACGAUGUGGUAGUCAAUGCGUGGUUUGGACCACCCAACACCAUUUCGCCCUUGCACUUUGACCCGGCGCAGAAUUUACUUUGCCAGAUUGUGGGGUCCAAGUACGUUCGGUUGUACGCUUCGACGUUCUCGGACCACCUCUAUCCAGUCCCUGGGUACCUCUCCAACACGAGCCAAGUCGUAGUCGAAGGAGACGGUGCGCAGGCCAACGCCGUGCAGUUUCCGCGGUUUCUUGAGGCUCCGUACUGGGAAGGUGUCCUUGGGCCAGGUGAGAUGCUGUACAUCCCUCCAAGGUGCUGGCAUUAUAUUCGAUCGUUGGACGUUAGUUUCUCCGUCAGCUUUUGGUGGGAUUAAUCGAAAGGACUUGAUGCUGCCAA